AUGCAUAUCAUCGACGCAAAGGCUUCGUAUAAUAUGUUGCUUGGCAGGCCAUGGAUACACGAGAACAAAGUUGUCCCAUCUUCCUACUAUCAGUGUUUGAAGUAUCUUGAAGGCAGUGUCGAAAAGAAGAUAGUUGCUGAUGAUAAGCCAUUUACUGAAGCAGAGUCACACUUCGUCGAUGCGAAGUUCUACUUGAAAAACUACAUGGUAAGAGAAGUAAAAGUCGAUGACAUCGCAACGACCAAGAGUGAUAAGAUCGCAACUGAAAGAGCUGAUGAGACUAUUGGAAAAGUUGAAGUUGGUGCUGAGGUGUCGCACUCCAAUCCCAAUAAAGGGAACAUCGUGUCUUUGAAAAAUAAGAAGACAACUCCCGUGCUCUGCUAUGUCCCAAAGUUGAAGAAAAAGGAAGGUCAACCAUCUGAAGCUCAAGAAAAUACGCUAGGAAGGCUAACUCUUCCCAUCAGACGAAUUGAUGCGAUAAAUUUGUCCUCAAAGUUACUUGGAGACUUCGUGGCUCAGAAUCCACCACAAAAUAUGGCACUCCCUACAAAACGUACAAAUGAAGGCUUUGAUCCAAAUGCUUACAAGUUAUUUGUCAAGGCUGGGUACAACCCUAACGAGCCGUCAAAGUUGGGGAAACUUCCAUCAGGAGCUAGCAUGAUACAAUCACGUGAAGGUUUGGGAUACAAACAACCUCCGCCAGUUCGCAUAUCCAUAAGAAGGGCAAGUAUCAACUACAUCACUGUGGAAGAUGAGUCUGUUGCUUCCAACAAAAGGCCUUCAGUGUUUGAUCAUCUUGGAAAGUCGGCCACAAAAGCUUCUGUAUUUGAGAGAUUAGGGUCGUUAAAACUGAAGAAGAAAAGGAAGAACAAGUUCCACAGAGAUUAUCAAAGCGUGAAAACGCUUGCUUUGCCUGGAACCCAGAGGGAUAUACAAAGUUUGAUUCCUUCUAGAAUGAGACGACAAACAAAGCUUGUGGUUUCAUGUGAGGAGGUUCUAAAAGAAAAGUCUCACACUGUAGUGUAUACCAAGGAGCGUGACGAAGAUGAGGAGAGUGUAGGUUCUUCAUAUCAUAUUACUGCACAAAGUGAUCGAGAUACUUCGUUUCAGAUAGAGGUUGCCGAUAAGUUGGAGAACAUCUCCUCGUGUUACCACAUAUCUUUCAAUGAUGGCGAUCCUCGAGAGGAUGAAGAUGCCAGAGAUGCUCCUCCAGAACUUGAAGAAGGGGUGAAGACCACAGUAGACUCUUUGAAAGAAGUUAAUCUUGGUACUGAUGAAGACCCAAGGCCCACCUACCUAAGUGAUUUUCUAACAGGUGAUGAAGAAGACACUUACAUGGAAAUACUCAAAGAAUAUAGGGAUGUUUUUGCUUGGAGUUAUAAAGAGAUGCCUGGAUUAGAUCCCAAAGUAGCAGUCCAUCAUCUGGCGGUCAAGAAUGGUGCUCAUCCUGUUAAGCAGGCCCAAAGGUAUUUCAGACCAGAUUUGGUUCCUUCAAUCGAAAAUGAAGUCAACAAACUCAUUGAAGUUGGCUUUAUUCGUGAAGUUAAAUAUCCUACAUGGAUUUCGAGUAUCGUUCCCGUAAAAAAGAAGACUGGCCAAAUUCGAGUUUGCGUUGACUUUAGGGAUCUUAACAACGCAUGCCAUAAAGAUGAUUUCCCGCUUCCCAUCCCAUAA